GCUGCAGCACUGGUUGAAACGUCAUAAUCACUGGUGGCUAUGCACCGCAAACUCUUGCGGGGCGACUCACAGUCGGGCUGGGGCUACACCGGUCUGACUCCGUUAUCGAAUGCGGAGAGCGUUGUGCGCCCUGUCUCAUCGCGGCCAACCGAAUUGUCACACGUCUCGAGCAUAUCUACUUCUUUCGUCUGGCAAUCCUCUACGUGUAAAUAUGGCGUCCCAGGACGGAGUGCCCUCGAAUGAAAUCUCAACGCAAGCGUCCGGCUCUCGUCACAGGUCGAAGGGAAAACCAAGGGGAGGCGGGCAGAGGGGCGGACAAAGAAGCGGUCAACCCAAGCUACGAGGAUUACCGUCAGAUUCAGAGCAAGUGCGCUUGUCAAAGACUCUGUCGUGGCUCUUGCGGCAUGCAGCGGCAGCAGAGGGGAUACCCAUGCGGUCGGACGGCUUCGUCCGCGUUUCUGACCUGCUCAAACACGAGAAGCUACGAAAUCUCGAUUUCCCAACGCUGGAGCGAUUGGUUCAAGACAAUGACAAGCAGCGAUAUACGCUCGUUUGUGAACCAGAAGGUGCGAAGACCGGUAAUGACAUAUGGUGGAUUGGCGCGAGGCAAGGCCAUUCUAUGAAGCAGGUGCAGACGAACCUGAAACCCAUAACAUCCGCGUCAGAGAUUCCUAUGGCAGUUCACGGAACGAGCUUAGUUGCAUGGGACAGCAUUCAGGUUCAGGGCUUAUCCAGGAUGAAACGGAAUCACAUACACAUGGCACAGGGUGUAGCCGGUGCCGGCGUAAUCAGCGGCAUGCGAGCAAGCUCCUCGGUGCUCAUUUAUGUCGACGUACAAAAAGCACUCGACGCCGGCAUCAAGUUUUACCUCUCGGAGAACGGUGUAGUUCUGUCAGAAGGAAACGAGCACGGCUUCAUUCCUCCCGAGUUCUUUCAGCGUGUGGAGGCAAAAGGUGGUAAACGGCUCGAGAUCGACAGGAUGCGACAGCCAGAUUACCUGUUGCCACUACGGCAAGGAGCGAAGGAGAUUUUGACCACCGAGGGCACCGGGCAUGAUGGCCAGGACGAUCCCCCUCCGACAACAAGCGAUGCAAUACCUAGCACUAUUACCACAGAACCGCCUGACAACGGUGUUCAAUAGUAAAAGCUGCUGUUAUG